GUCACGGGAGAGACCGGGAGAAAGAGAAGAGGGGGAAGGAGGAGAAGGGACGGAGGAUAAUUCGGGGGGAUGAUUGCAUCAAAAGAAAAAACUAAACCCAAACAAAGAAAGAAAGGAAAGAAAAGAAACGCAAUCAUGACUCCCGUGAAUCAUCGUGUCGGCUCUGUUUUUCCAUCCACUCUCCCGCAACACUAAAUGACGAGCCGUCCCGGUUAAGUGUAUGCUCACUUGAGAGAGAUGUCAUCUCCGGGCAUGGGCACCCCCAGUGACCCCCUCUUGACCAGUCCAGGAGGGAGGUUUUCCACUGCUCAGGAAGGUACCUGGAGGAGCUCACUCCCCAAAACUGCCAGCUUCCCGACAUCCACCACACGGCAUCUCAGUCACCGCGCCAACAACUUUCAAAGACAGCCAAAGCGGCGGAAGUUGAUAAGGCCCUCUCCCCCUCCACCACCCAACACACCAUGUCCUCUGGACCAGCUGGACCUCACUGAACUUCCCCCGAGACGAACCUUCCAAGAGCUGCUUUUCAAUGGCUGCGUCCUGUUUGGUAUUGAAUUUAGCUAUGCCAUGGAAACAGCCUACGUUACUCCCGUGCUUCUACAGAUGGGCCUGCCCGAUCAGUUCUACAGUUUGGUCUGGUUUAUUAGCCCCAUACUGGGAUUCCUCGUUCAGCCGCUCAUAGGAGCAUGGAGUGAUCGAUGUACAUCCCGGUUUGGGCGGAGGAGACCUUUCAUAUUUGCCUUGGCUAUAGGGGCUUUGGUUGGUCUAACCCUGGUGUUGAAUGGACGGGACAUUGGAAGUGCUCUGGAUGACACGGCUUCAAAUCACAAGUGGGGGAUUGUACUGACGGUGUGCGGUGUGGUUCUAAUGGACUUCAGUGCUGAUUCAGCGGACAAUCCAAGCCAUGCCUACAUGAUGGAUGUUUGCAGCCCAGAAGAUCAGGAUAGAGGGUUGAACAUCCAUGCACUGCUAGCAGGACUAGGAGGUGGAUUUGGCUACAUCGUGGGUGGCAUCAACUGGGACCAGACACAGUUUGGAAGAUCAAUGGGAGGUCAACUGCGGGUCAUAUACAUGUUCACGAGUGUCACUUUGGUGUUUGCCACAGCCAUGACUCUGAUGAGUAUCCCAGAACGGCCAAUACCAAAGAGCCAGCCAAACAAAAACUCCGGUAAAACCCAUCUGAAGAGCCCCAGUCUUCCUCUCCCUCCCUCUCCUCCUGUUCCCCCUGGGUCAAUGUUGGGACUGGAGGAGGAAGACGAGGAUGGACUUUACAGCUACAAUUUCUCAAAAUCUCGUCCACCCGACCCUUUGGCCCACUCAUGCAGUGCCAAUGCGUGUCUCUGUGUCGGCCUUAAUAGCCCCAUAUCGCCACUGAGCCCUCUCACUCCCAAAUAUGGCAGCUUUAUAAGCAGGGACAACUCACUUACAGGCAUCAACGAGUUUGCCUCCUCAUUAGGAACCUCCUAUAUAGACAGUGUGCUCAUAGACUGCUAUACAGGCCAGCAGACACCACAGGCACCAGCACUUAACUCCACCACUGUACCCCUACCUCCGGGGGACUCGCCUCUUCCAGAGGGGGCGGGGAACCACCCUGUAGGACAGAUACAGGGUGAUGGGGUGACUCGUGCAGAUGGAGAAGCACAAGAUGCUGAAGCACCCCAACCGGAGGGCAAUGCACAAUCUCAAGGGGCAUCUGAGAUCACGACUGGAGCUCAGUCUGGGGCUGGGUCACAUCGGGGCUCCACCGCUGGUAUCCUGAAGAGACCUCAGAGUCUGGCACUGAUCGAGGAGCCCAUGGCAACACAGAUUGUUGGGCUGGAGAAUGGACGCAGGAGAACAGUGACCUUUAGUCAGCAGGUUGCAAACAUUUUGCUGAAUGGGGUGCGCUAUGAGAGUGAUCUAAGUGAGAAUGUAGCGACAGGAGAAUCUCAAAUGUCAAUGAAGCUACUGUGUAUAGCCAUCUACAGGAUGCCCCCCUCCCUGCGGAGUUUAUGCACUAAUCACUUUUUGGGCUGGCUGUCCUUUGAAGGCAUGCUGCUCUUCUACACUGACUUCAUGGGGGAGGUUGUGUUCAAAGGAGACCCCAAAGCACCCCACGACUCCGAGGCUUACCAACGCUACAAUGCUGGUGUUAGCAUGGGCUGCUGGGGCAUGUGCAUCUAUGCAUUCAGUGCUGCUUUCUAUUCAGCCAUAUUGGAGAAACUAGAAGAGCGUUUCUCACUUCGCACUCUAUAUUUUUUUGCCUAUUUGGCGUUUGGUUUGGGCACAGGCCUUGCCACACUGUCCACCAACCUCUAUGUGGUUCUUUCUCUGUGCGUCACGUACGGGGUGCUGUUCUCCUCUCUAUGCACGCUGCCUUACUCUCUGCUGUGUGAAUACUACCAGAGCCCUCAGUUUUGCGGCUCAUCAGAGGAAGGGACCAGACGAGGGAUGGGAGUGGACAUCUCCCUCCUCAGCUGCCAGUAUUUCCUGGCUCAGAUCCUGGUCUCUGUGGCGAUGGGACCUCUGACCUCACUAGUGGGUGGGGCCCAGGGAGUGAUGUACUUUGCAAGCCUGAUGUCAUUCGUGGGCUGCCUGUACUCCUCUCUCUGCGUGGUGUACCACCUGCCCCCCCCUGAGGGUGAGCCCCCCGAUAGCGAGACUCAGCCACUAUUGGUGCACAUAUAGAACAAGCCUCUUAACUCACUAAAUGUCACAUUCACACAUGCGUGUACACACACUCAGCGACACACGCUGUUACCUGGUGUCUGAGUGUGUGUUGACCUUCCCAGCACUGGCAGGACAAAUGCACUGUACAUCCUGCCGCACACUGUACAGCACAAAUCCAUAUAUUAUUUCACGCUAAUCAGCACUGCUCUUCUCAGAGCUCGACAGACAGACAGACAGACAUUGGCCACUGCUCUAUACAUGUAUACAUGACCAUUGUGUUCAUACAGUGUGUGUGCCCAUGCAUUUUCUCCCCCCAAAUUUUGCAAAGGAAUGUGUGACCUUUUUGAAUUAAUUAAAACUGUAGUGCGUAACUUUUCUGAUGAACCACACAGUAGAGCAGUGUUUAAAUCUUGCGUCACCCGGCGACACUCAGUGAGUUUAAAUGCAUGUUAAAAGUCUGAUUUUAGUCUGACUAAGACAAUAACUCAAUUCUUCUUAACUCAACUUCUUAAUGCCAUGUAAACAAGUUAGUCUGACUACAAUCAAGAUAGUCUUAAUCGGACUAACAUACCUGGAUAAUGUGAUUCACCGUCCAAUUACUCCUGAGUCGGACUUGGGUUUCGGCACAUGCACAUGCACAUGCACCAAAAUGUCCGCCCGGUCUUUGACCCAGAGGUAGAAGGAAAUGACGUAUAACCUACAGUAUACAAUAGCAGCGUCUUUCUUCGAACAGCACAGCAACCACAAUCUAAUGUGUGCGUGAUCUAUCUCAACAGAAAGGUCAACAGGAAACUGAUUCAAUACACACUAGCUUAUAGAGAGAUACAGCGCCAUCUAUGGAGGUGGAGUCAGACAUACACGGCCUAUCAAUCCAUUUUCUCCUCCGUGUGUAUACUCGGGUUUGUCAAGUUGUCCGAUUGCCUGUCUUAGUCGGACUACGGCCUUGUUUAAACCACAUAUAUUAACAUACUCAGUCCCACAGUGCACAUUAUUUGUUAUUUGUUAUUUAUUUGUUUUAUGUCAGGACUGACGUCAGUAAAGCAAGACAGCUGCAAACAGUUUGUUGUAUGAUUGAAAACACAAAGGAAAAGUUUCUAAGAAACAACAAAAAAAACUCACUUAAUGUUAUGCACUGCAGCUUUAAAGUGUCAGACAACUGGAUUUGUCUGUGUGUGUGUAUGUGUGAGUAGCUGUUCUUCUGUCUGAGUCUUUAUUAAUAUUGUUGCAUCAUCUUUUCUUGUUUGUUGCUGUUUAGUAUUGAAAUAUUAAUCACUCACAUGCAGGCUAACCACAGCUUUCCCCCUCCCUUUCUUCCUGUUAUCAGUUGCCUAACAUUGUGCAUGAGCUGCAAAAUGAUCUCUUGUGUUAAUGCUGUUUUGGUCAUAUGGUCAAGAGAAUGUCUACCUGCCUGUUUCUCUGAGUUAGCAUAUUAGCAUCACACCUUAAACUGUGACCACACACACACACACACACACACUGUUAAUGGUUCUUCCUUCAUUCAACAGCUCUCUCAGCCAAAUUUAGCAAACACAUAGGUGAAGCUCAGCAGUGCAUAAUCACAGUUACAGUCUCAGAGGGCUUCACAGCACGUCAAAAUGACACUUUCCCACACUAUCCAGUCAUUAUGUGACUUCACCAGUUUGCUACCCACCCCCAUGAUGCUACAUCGAAUCCCAAGUAUUAGUACAAUGCCAAUUAAUUCCUUAAUCAGAACAAAGCCAUGACUAAUAGGAUGACUCGCACUAACAAGCUUUGUACACAAACUUUCAAAAACACAGAGAAAUGUGUACUGGUGGCAAAUUCUGUCUGGGCCCUCACUAAGCCAUGGACAGCUCAGUGAGCCGUCAUCCUGCUCCUGGCCAUGCCAUUGUAAUAAUGACAGUGAUUCUUGUCAUUAUCAGGAAGAGGAGAAGUUGAAACUGGGGCGUGAAUCAGCAUUCAGUUGGAAACGGAACAUAACAGAAGAAACAGCAAACAGAGAGAAGACUCAUGUGAACUAUGGGUAACCCUGAAAGUGGACAGCUGUAAAAGGAAAGACUGCUGGGGUCCAUAGAGCCAGCAGCAAACACUCAAUGCCAUCAUUAGGGCGCAUGUUUAAGGCAGUAGGCUUCUGCUCCACCAUGCUCCGCCCAUCGAUCCAAUUUAGUGAUGACAUAACAUUUGCUGGCGUAGCUCCUCACAGGACAAUAUCAGUCUUUUCCUAUCCAUCCUAUUGAAUCCAUCUCCAUCAGCUCAGUGGUACAUACAGUGUAUUUUCAUCUUUUGUGGCAAACUGCUUAAUCUCUUUGGCCUCAACAGACACCAGGCCUGAAAUCAGGGCUUUAACAUAAAAGUUAACUUUAUAACAUAUUACUGAUUUAAGCUUUUAUCGUGAUGAUGAUUGGCUCCAACUUUUGAGUGCCCCAACUAUACAGUGCCAGUCAUAAUUGCUGUCUCAGCAGAAUAUCAGUCAAGACUGAUGCACGUCACGCUAAUGUUUCUGAGGAAACAGCAAUUGUAUCGACAUGCUGUUGCAGCCUGCUUGCAAAAAAGAAGUUUUUGUGUACAUGGUAUCACCAGUUGCUCAGUAUUUGCAGUUGUGACUAUAAAAGCUACUUUUAUUCAGGGUUCAUUUAAAACUUAAAAUGAUCUUUUUGCCA